UCAGUGGAGCUCCAGCUCCUAGGUGGACAAAGUUCGUCCCUACGUUGGAAGUGAUAGAAAGUAUUAUCCCGAUCCGGGCACCGUUUCCUGUCUUUAGGGAGGAGGAUCGAUCAAAGAGGAUAUUUUGUGAUAUUGGCGAGGAAACGGGUUACUUAAUCGAUGAUCGCGAGGGAAAAGUUUUCUCGGGACAGCAAGUUGUCAAAGCGAUCGGGACUUCCAACAAAAGGCGGAUUCUGUCGCAAGGCUGGGGAGGCUCGGAAGUCGAAUGUUUUUACUUUAAAAAAAAAGGUGGGACGCCAUUUUUUUUUUAAAAGCGACUGAAACUUAAUGUCCGGGAAAAUGGAAGCGACGUUUUACGACGACGCCGUGAACGCGUCGGGCAACUCUCAACACGACGCGACGAGGGUGUACGGCUUUAACGCCAAAACCCUCAAACAGUCCAUGACUCUCAACCUGAACGACCCCAAGAACUUCAAACCUCAGCUGGGCCCCAAGGCCUUGGACAUCCUCACGUCCCCGGACGUGGGUCUGCUCAAGCUGGCCUCGCCGGAACUGGAGCGGCUGAUCAUCCAGUCCUGCACCGGCUUGACGACUCCCACCCCGACGCAGUUCGUCUGUCCCAGGAACAUCACCGACGAGCAGGAGGGCUUCGCGGAGGGCUUCGCGAAGGCUCUGGCGGAGCUCCACUACCAGCAGAUGGGCACCGCCCCCGUCCCCGCCGAGGCGCAGACCACCACCGACGUCGCAUCCGGCGCAGCUGCGCCCGACGCCGGCGGCGAGACCCAGUACAGCUGCACGGUGCGCCCCGAUCCACCGGAGUACACUAACCUGUCCGCCUUCAACCGGGCCGCGCUGGGGUCAUCCGACCGACACCCGCCGGCGUGUUACCAGGAGCACUCUCGCCUCCGCUCCCUGAAGGAGGAGCCGCAGACGGUGCCGGAGAUGCCCGGCGAGACGCCGCCGCUCUCCCCCAUCAACAUGGAGAACCAGGAGCGCAUCAAGGCGGAGCGCAAGCGCAUGAGGAACCGGGUGGCCGCCUCCAAGUGCCGGAAGAGGAAGCUGGAGAGGAUAUCCCGCCUGGAGGACAGGGUGAAGAACCUCAAGAACCAGAACACGGAGCUGGUGUCGUCCGCCAACGUGCUGCGGGACGAGCUGGCUCUGCUCAAACAGAAGGUGAUGGAUCACGUCAACAGCGGCUGUCAGCUCAUCUUGACGCAGCAGCUCCAGGCCUUCUAGGUGGCUCCAUGUCUUGGAA